AUGGAGGCCGUGGUUGCUUCAGCUCCGGGGAAGGUGUUGUUGACGGGAGGUUACCUGAUUUUGGAGAGACCCAAUGCAGGCCUUGUUCUCAGCACCAAUUCUCGCUUCUUCGCCAUUGUCAAGCCACUUUACCACCAGCUCAAGCCUGAUAGCUGGGCUUGGGGUUGGACGGAUGUGAAAUUGACGUCUCCUCAGCUCUCCAGAGAAAGCAUCUACAAACUCUCCCUCAAAAAUUUAUCACUUGAAUACGUCUCUUCAAGUGACUCGAAGAACCCUUUUGUGGAACAAGCGGUGCAAUACUGUGUAGCUGCUGCCCGUGCAACAGUUGACAAGAACAAGAAAGAUUCAUUAGAAAAACUACUAUUGCAAGGUCUUGAUAUCACAAUUUUAGGCAGCAAUGACUUUUAUUCUUAUCGGAACCAGAUUGAAGCCCGUGGUCUGCCAUUGACUCCGGACGCAUUGGCUGCAUUACCUCCUUUUGCCUCAAUUACCUUCAAUGCUGAGGAAUCAAAUGGAGAAAAUUGUAAGCCUGAAGUUGCAAAAACUGGAUUGGGUUCAUCUGCGGCAAUGACAACUGCUGUUGUUGCUGCUUUGCUUCAUUACCUCAGAGUUGUUGAUCUUUCCUCCGUGCUUGAAGAUCAUCAACAUGAAAAAUACACUGCAGAUCUUGAUUUGGUGCAUGUUAUAGCUCAAACUGCUCAUUGCAUUGCACAGGGAAAAGUGGGCAGUGGGUUUGAUGUUAGUUCUGCAGUUUAUGGAAGUCAACGCUAUGUCCGCUUUUCACCGGAAGUGCUUUCUUCUGCUCAGGUUGCAGUGAAGGGAACUCCACUACAUGAAGUCGUUCUUGAAAUCCUGAAAGGAACGUGGGACCAUGAGAGGACUAAGUUCUCCUUGCCACCAUUGAUGACUCUUUUACUUGGAGAACCAGGAACUGGAGGAUCAUGCACUCCAUCAAUGGUGGGUGCUGUGAAAAAGUGGCAGAAGGCUGACCCUCAGAAAUCCUUGGAAACAUGGAGAAAGUUGUCAGAGGCAAAUUCAUCACUUGAAACACAACUCAGUACAUUGAGCAAAUUGGCAGAACAACACUGGGAUGAAUAUGAAAGCUUGAUAAAAAGCUGCAGCAUUCUCAAAUCAGAGAAGUGGAUACAACAAGCCGCUAAACCAAACCAAGAAGCAAUUAUUAAAGCAUUAUUAGGAGCAAGAGAUGCUAUGCUUUGGAUCAGGUAUCAUAUGCAUCAGAUGGGUGAGGCUGCAGGUGUUCCGAUAGAACCAGAAUCACAAACUAGUCUUUUGGAUGCUACUAUGAAUAUGGAAGGAGUUUUGUUGGCUGGAGUUCCUGGAGCAGGUGGGUUUGAUGCUGUAUUUGCUGUUACCUUAGGGGAUUCUGGAAGCCAUGUUGCAAGUUCUUGGAGUUCGUUCAAUGUUUUGGCCUUGUUAGUGAGAGAAGAUCCUCAUGGUGUUUCUUUAGAGAGUGCUGAUCCACGAACCAAGGAAAUUACUUCAUCCAUUUCUUCAGUUCACAUUGAAUAA